CGCAGCCUGACGUAAAGUCCCCGCCCCUCCUCCGGCGGCUCCCUGCUCAAAACCGAGUGGACCGAGAAGCUGUAGAGCGACAGUGUUGUUACAGAUGCGCCCGCCUGGACCGAGCGCUACCCGGUCCGCAACUGGAUUCACCAGCAGAGCAGAUGGAGACUUUGAAGGUCUGAAAACGACCUGUCCCGGCGAAUAAAGACAGACAAAUCGUGACCAAUGAAAAGAAGACAUCAGCAUAUUGUGACACACUUUUAAGGAUGGAUGUAACCACACCUCCCCAAAUCACGGUGGACAGGGUCGGAGUGGCAGAGGACACAGGUUGUAGAGAGGACGUGGAUCUGCCCACAGACGACCACCUGAUGAACCUGAAGGCCUUGGCAGAGAAACUGAGACUGGAGACCAGGAGGCCCUCGUACCUGGAAUGGAAAGCUCGACUGGAGGCAAAAUGCUUCAGCGAGCUGGGAGCCGGACAAGCACCCGUCCAAGAUAAGCAUGAGGGGAAUCCGGACCCCGAGGUCACCCGGUGCAGGAUGCCGUCGGACGCCCUGAAAGGAUUUGGGACCAUGGACGACGCUCUCAGCUGGCUCCGAAGAGAACUGGCGGACAUGCGGCUGCAGGACCAGCAGCUGGCCAGGCAGCUCAUGCGGCUCCGCGGCGACAUCCACAAGCUGAAGAUCGAGCAGACGUGCCACCUGCACCGGCGCAUGCUCAACGACGCCACCGUGGGCCUGGAGGAGCGCGACGAGCUGUCCGACCUGCUGUGCGAGUGCCCCGUGACCCCCGGCCUCGGCCUCUCGGCGCCGCUGAGGCUCAUCGGCGUCACCAAGAUGAACAUUAACUCCCGCCGCUUCUCGCUGUGCUAGAGAGGUCCCUAAUUAAAUAAAGAGCAACUCGAGAUCUGGUUUAAAACCGAUGCCUUGCUCAAGUGGACGGUAAAUAAUUAAUCAAACGUUUGGAUGCAGUACCUAUUAAUUUGCUGUCAUCACAACACACUCUUUAUAUUACAUUUUCUUAGAUCAGAGAAUGGAGUCUGUGUUAAAAUGCUCAAUGAAGCGUAGGAAGAUGAAAAAGCUUAGUUCCACUGUCUCCGAGACGAGAAUGUGGGGUCAUGGGUUCACUCCUGAAGUCAUGAAUGACUUUGCUGAGCUGGAGAUUUUCAUGCAUGAGCUCCGGUCGUCUGUGGGCUCAUCCCGCCUGAAAGCCGCGACUCCUUCUGACUGAACGGCCCAUCGCAGUCAUAUCGCCGCCGGUGAUUAAGGCUGUUGUGCUGCUCUUUACUGUAAACUGUUAGAAUGAAAUGAUGUAAAUGCAACAGCGUGACAUUUGCAGGAGACUUAGAAAUUAAACCAAACUAUUCUCUG